AGCCUUGGCCUGUCGGCAAGCUCCUUAGUUUAUUGGAUCUGGAACCUGUAAACCAACCAUGACCCGACUCCCUGAAACCGGUUAGGGCGACAGCCGGCCGGUCAAUGGCGGAAUGAAACUAGUGAAGGCAAUGAUCUGUGCUCGCGCGCUUUUCUCAUUCGCAGGGGUGCCCGCACGCCGUCGGUCGUCUUGGCUUGGGGGGCUGCGUCGCGCCUGUAAUUCAUUCCCGGUGUUACCAACGACCAGGAGGCUUUCGUCCUACUUUCCCCUCAGCACGGCCUCAAGGGACCUGACGAUGUGCGAAGCGCAGGAGGUAGAAAGCGGACGGCCUCUCUCUCUCACCCUAGAUGUGUUGGGGGCACCUGUUCGCGUCGUCGCCUCCCCGGCACUUUCCGACUCUGAAUUCAGGAAAGCUGUUGAUUGCUUGGUAUUCAAGAAUUGGUUGAGGAACCUGCAUGGGGAGAAGGGCAUCUUAGCAACCGAAGCGUUCAGCUUAAGGGAAGUGCUGAUUCAGGGAGUAGAUAUGUUUGGCAGAAGUGUUGGUUUUCUGAAGUUCAAAGCUGAAAUUAUAGAUAAGAAGACAGGAAAGAUGAUUCCUGGUAUUGUUUUUGGGCGAGGACAAGCUGUGGCAGCAUUGAUCCUUUUGGAGUCUGAGGGCGAGCUAUUUGUUGUUUUAACUGAGCAGGCUAGAGUUCCUGUUGGGAGAUUCAUCUUAGAAUUGCCAGCUGGGAUGUUAGAUGAUGAUAAAGGUGAUGUUAUUGGUGCAGCAGUUCGUGAGGUUGAAGAGGAAACUGGUAUACAUUUGAAUCUGGAUGAGUUGGUUAAUCUCACUGCCCUUCUGGACCCAUCAACAGGAUGCAGAAUGUUUCCUUCACCGGGUGGUUGUGAUGAGGAACUCAUCCUCUUUCUAUACCGAGGCCAUGUGAAGAAGGAAGUUAUUGAAGCACUGCAAGGCCAAGAAACGGGUCUGCGUGAGCGUGGUGAACUGAUCAAGGUGAGGGUUGUUCCAUACAAAAAGCUCUGGCGUCUGACCGCUGAUGCAAAAGUGCUAGCGUCCAUUGCUUUGUAUGAAAUGGCUAAGAGGGAGGGACUUCUACCUCCUCCUAAAAAUGCACCUGAUCUCUCUGCAAUAUAGUUUGAUUUAUUCCUGUC